UUCAACUUGUUCUAAUUAACUUCCUGGUCGGCUGAUAUUUUAUGUCAAACAUUUUAAUUGCCAUACACACAAUGGAAGUUAUAUUCAAAUGAGGUGAUUUAAUAUACAGAACAGAUUUUUUUGUAAACAGGGUCAUGUCAUCCAGUAAACCUAUACCAUGUGGACCUUGUCAAGAAGGAAAAGUAAAGACUGAAGCUGACAUCUGGUGUUACACCUGUGAAGAAGGAUUAUGUUCAACAUGUUCUAGUUACCAUAAAAGAUCCAAUGGAACAAUUGAUCAUAAGACUAUUGAUAUCAAUAAUUAUAAACCCUCCAUUGGAGCUAUCAAUACAGAAUGUGACAUACAUGGUCAACAGCUUAACUUGUAUUGCCCCAAUCAUUUAAUGCCUUGCUGUGAUGAAUGUAUUCCUUCUAGCCAUUUACAAUGUACGGGAAUAAAAAGUUUAGCUAGUGUUGUGGAGAAAACAAAGAUUGAUGAAACAAAAGAAACUGUAGAUAAAGAUAUCAACUCCAUCUUACAUCUCUUGGAUAAAAUGGUAAAUAACAAAUCAACAAACAUCAAAACUGGAGAACAACAAUGUGAAUGCAUAAAAAAAUCAAUUGUUAAAAUAAGGAAUCAAAUGAAUAAACAUUUAGACCACCUGGAGAAGAAAUUAUGCCAUGAAGUAGACAUCAUCUGGAAUCAGGAAAAGUCAAACGCAACAGAUUUAAUAACUGAAAUCAAACAAAAAAAGAAAAUGCUCAAAAAGUUCAUAACAAUUUGCCAGCAGUCACAACACAUAGUUCAAAACUCCAAUCAUUUCUAGGUGUACAUCAGAUUGAACAACAAGUACAUAAAUGUCAAGGUAUGUCAAAGAUCUGGAAAAUGAUGACAGGGCAAAAAAAUUUGACAUCAAAAUGAGGCAAAAUAAUGAAAUAAAAAAGAUACUAAGCAAUUUAGGAUCAAUAGAAUACCUGGGAGAAAUAAUGGUUGUUAAAAUAGAAAUAGCCUUGAAUAGAGAAACAAGUGUGAGUAGGAAAGCACAAGUACAGUCAAGAGAACAAUCCAACAUAAACAACAUGACAAUGAAUAUUGAAAUAAAAAUAGAUAUAAACAUGAAGAAGUACAGCAGUGACAUGAUUUGUCUGAUAGAUGAAAGAGUUGUAGUUGUGGAAUGGUGUGAUAAAAUUAACCUACUUAAUUCUGAUGGCAAACUACAGCAACAAUUACCUAUACCUGAUGGAGCCUACUGUAUAACACAGAUCAAUCAGAACACUAUAGCCAUAACUUAUCCUAAGACGGGACACAUUCAGAUCUUCAAUAUGGAGAAUGAAACGGUUACCAAAGUUAUCACAUUAGACAUACCAUGCUAUGGUUUAUCAUUCUCCAAUAAUUCCCUGGCUGUAGGUUUGCGUGAUGAUGAAAUCCGUAUUAUAGACUUGGAAGGAAAUACACUGAAUUCAAUACAAGUUCAGAGUAAAUCAGCACUGUUUAACCUUGUUUAUAGUAAUGACAGAGUAAUCUAUAGUGACGAGGUAGGUAAAGCAGUAUACUGUGUGGAUGGAUCAGGAAAACAGAUCUGGCAAUAUACACAGGAUUUAACAGGACCAAGAGGACUUUGUAUAGAUACUUAUGGUAACAUUAUUGUAGCAGACGGUAGAUCUGAUAGAAUAAUAGAAAUAUCAAAAGAUGGACAGAAUAGUAAAGUACUGAUUUGUGAAGAGGAUGAACUGAAGUGUCCUUGGUGUAUUUGUUUUAAGCAGAAUGAGAAUUCAGGUUUUAUUUGUAAUAUCAAUGCCACAUACUUGGCAAAAUUCAUUUUAUCUUCUGGAAAGUUUUCCAUGAUUUUUUAAUAUUUCACAUAAUGAUCAAUUUGUUUUACAUUAAUGAUUAGGAGUUAACACUCAACAAGUUGACUUGAAAGCAAUAACUCAAUGGAAAUCAUAUCCUAUAUACAAUUGAAAUUUAGUGCAAAAUUGAUUUUGAAAAUGACAACAAAAUUGAAUGAAAAAUUGAAAGUAUCAUAAGGAAAUUUCUAACAAAGUGAUUAAUACAUUAUAAAGAUUUUCAUUAUGAAUGUAUAACAUUUUUUGUUAAACAAAGAUUAUUCUAGGCAUAAAGGUGGAAAGAAAUAUCAUAGUUUGUUGUAGUACAAAAAAAAUGUAGAAUGAAAGUCAAAUUUCAAAUUUCCAAUUUUCGAUUUACCAAAAAUCACAGCACAAUAUAAGAACAAACUAUCAAAUCUUAAGCAUGUUUGCUGCUCCCAUUUCCGAACCAUUACAUUACAUUUCAAUUCUAAUAAAGAUUUAAAACUAAAACCAGGGAAAAUUCCCGAUGCUUUACAAUGUAUGAUAAAAUGUUAUGAAGUAGAAAAAGUAUAUAUUUUAUUAGGAUAAAAACAAAAAUAAAUAGAAAUGUUAAAAGUAAGUUUCUGUGCAUGUGUCAAACAUAUUUCGGAUUAAGUCUAGCAUCUAUCCAUGUGCACCACUGGAGUUAAAAUGGGAUUUAGUCUAACAUCCACCAAUGCGCACAACCGGGAGUUAUUUUCAACAUUUUCACAAUCGUUUUUUUUUUUUAUUAUUGAAUCAAACUUUUUUUUCUCAAUAAAUACUGUUUUAUUAGUCGAUAAUUGUAAAAAAAUAUUUUUUCAACGUAAAAGGUAAGAUAUAUUGAUUGGAAUGAUGUAAACAAUGAACACUUUCUGUUACUUUACAUCGGUCCCUUUAUUGAUUAUUAAAUACGUAACUAUCAACAUUAUCGUUUAAUUUUUAGCACAAUUGCUUAGAUUACACUAGUUUUCAUAUCACUUAUCAACAAUCUUUCUCAUCUUAAGCUACUGUAUGUGGACAAGUUAAAAUUAUUAUUAUUAUUUUUAGUUUGUAUUUUUAACUGAUUUACUUUUUCGCUGCAUGUUAAAAAUCUGACAUCGAUAACUGUAAGUUACUUAGUUUACACAUGUAUUUUUCAUUAAAUGGUGAAUAUUUAUUGGAGGUACUUAUCUGACUAAGAUCAAUAAUGUUUGGAAGGGAUUAACGAUAGAUAAACUGGAAUGCUGUUCUGCUUGAGUGGAUUAUCUUACUAAAGGCUGACACUUUAAAUUUUAAUAGGACAUAACACAGUAUGAUUUCGUUAAACAGGGGUGUGGCUUACUAGUUUGACGUAGCUUUACCAUAUCUUAAAACAACUUAAAUGACCGCAAGGGAAUCUAUUUGACUGGUAUUAAAAUGAUUUGAAAUGGAUUAAAAUAAAUUGAAAAACAAUU